GCUAGAUUGUCGCGGCUGGUAUUACGAUUGUGACAUUUUCUAACCAGAACAGAAACCAGUUUAAGCUUUUUUGAAGUACGACUGCAUCUAUUGUAACUAACUCUAAAGGGAUGGAUAGGCAACGUCGAUUAAGGUCCGGCCCGGGAAUACGAGAAGAAAGCUUUGACACAAAAGGGGGCUGGCCGCCCAAUUCAUCGUCCGAUUUCUACCUUUUUUUCUUCAAUUUUAAGGUUGAAAUCAAGCUCUCUCCCGCAAACCAAACCCAUAGGCCACCUAGGAGAAAACCCCAGCAUAACAGACUAGCAAGAUGUUUAGUGAUGUUACAUACAAAAUACGCUUCACACUGCUUCUAGUCCCUUUCUCUACCUUUUGCCAUGGCUGGACAACGUUUGAUCCACAGUGUACAGCACCAAACGAAUCUACCAAUUUUGUCGCCUCAGCGGAAGUCCGAGGGACAAUGGACAUAGUGUGGUCAUGUCUGUCAGUUCUUAUCCUUUGUGUGUGGUCUAUUCACCAUUUCUGCGUUCCCAAUUUUGUUAAGAAUGAGAGUUCUUCGCAGGGAAAUUGGAUGAAGAAAGCACUCCUUGCUAAUAUUAAAAAACUCAAUUGGUCACUUCUCGCAAUUCUGGCUCCCGAGUAUAUAUUUGCAAAAGCUCUCGCAGAGAAACUCGCAGCACAUUACUCUUAUAAACAAUUUCAAGAACAUCGACAACAUGGUUGGAGUGACUGGACUAUUACACAUGCAUACUUUGCGAACAUGCGCGGUUUUGUUAUGCGUUUCAAUACGCGUGCUGUUCCCAUGAGCCUAAUACCAUCCAAGCCAGACAAGUUAGCUCUAUCUCGCCAAUGGCCUCAGCAACAUAGUGAUGUUACGUACUUCGAACAAGAUGUGAAUGGCAGCAUAGAAAUUGAAAGAAGGCAGUGUCGCGAGAUAUGUGGAGAUCCCUGUCAAAACCGUGAUGGAUUGGCUUCUGAAAAAGGAUCUACAAUAAAGACAGAGCACUACCUAGAUGCACAUAAGACCUGGCAAGGUUAUUGGGCGCUCUCAGCUUCCCAGAUGCUUUAUGCCUGCCAACAGGGAAUUAUUGCCGGUCCCCCUGCCAUUACAGUUGAAGAGUUGAAAGACUACAGCAAAUCAGAUAUCUUUGUUAAGGUCAUGGCCAUUGUCCAAAUCACUUGGCUUGUAGUUCAAAUUUUGGCUCGCGUUACACAGAACCUAGCGGUUACUCUACUUGAGAUUACAGUUCUUGCAUUUGCAGCUGUCAUGAUCGCCACAUAUCUCCUCCUCCUGGGCAAGCCUCAAGAUGUCCACGUGGCAACACUUGUAGAUGCGCGUGGUCAACUGAAUCGGGAGCAAGUUAUCGGUCUAGCUGCCCGUUCGCCUCAAUCUACUCUAUUCGUGCAUGGUUUUUGGCUUCAUGGAGUAGCGGUUCGGACAAUGUCUGAUAAUGUAUUCCCAUACUCCCCCAGUUUUUCAAUAAAGCUGCCGUGGAUGACACGAACACAUCAUCUUGACACUGUUAUCAUGGGAAUGGGCUUUGGUGGUGCCAUCUUUGGGUCCGUACAUUGCGCAGCCUGGAACGCUGAAUUCCCAACAUCGGUCGAACGCCUUUUAUGGCGGAUUUCAUGCAUCGUCUUAAUUGCUCUCCCUCCUGUAUCCGUCUUCACAUAUGAUCUAGUUCGAUACAUUUUUGAAGCUCGGUUCAAGACCAACAGCAAAGCUAAACAUUAUUUGAAACCCAUCGGAUAUUCAACUGCACCUGUCUACCUACUGGCUCGAUUAUAUCUCCUGGUUGAAACGUUUCGAUCCCUAGCUUAUCUUUCUCCGAGUGCGUUUCAGGCUGUUAGUUGGUCAAGCAUUGUGCCCCACCUAUAAUGAAUUCUUAUC